AUGCAAAUGGACAACAAGCUAUCGUAUAUCCUCUUAAGGGGAGGGACACUACUCAUACAUGACGAACAUGACCAUGUCAUUCCGAAGAAAUCCGAUCUGUUGAUUCAAAAUGACCGUAUCUCUCGAAUUGAUGAUGAUAUUCAGCCUCCGCCAGGAACCCAGAUAAUUGACUGUGCAGACAGCCUGGUCUCCCCUGGAUUCAUUGAUACCCACAGACAUUUGUGGCAAUCUCAACAGAAAGGUCUCCAUUGUGAUCAAAUAUUACUAGAUUACUACCAUUCCGGUACAGUCAAGCCACAUGAUGUCUUCUGCGGUGUUCUGGCGAGCUGUAUGGAGGCAAUCGAUUCCGGAACAACUACUGUUGUUGAUCAUGCACAUGUCAAUUACUCUUCCCAGCAUAACGAAGAGGCAAUCCGCGGGCAAAUUGCCUCAGGCAUUCGAUCUGUGUACUGUUACUGUGUGCACCCACGCGUCUCCACUUGGCAGCCAGAACUCAAACUCGAUCAUGAUAUCUGUCUCGACACAGAAAUGAACAAUUUCCGGAAACUAGCUCAUGAACAACCAUUUGGUCCUAAUGGAAGGGCCAGACUCGGUUUCGCGAUCGAUACGAUGUUUGUUCAACCGAAAGUGCUAAAAGACGCUUUCAACGAAGCCCGUGAACAUGGAGUGCACUUGAUCACAUCUCAUAUAACUCGAGUAAGCAUGAUGGACAACAUGCCAUCCGCUGUGGCAAUACUGAACGACAACGGACUUCUCGGGCCUGAUGUCUUGCUGUCUCAUGGUAAUAACAUUACACGAGAGGAGCUGCAGUGGAUUGAAACUGCAGGUGUCCAUCUUUCGAGUACCCCCUUGUCAGAAGUACAGAUGGGCCACGGUUAUCCGAUCUGCCUCGAACCAGACUUUUUACCACUCUCAUCCAUUGGCACCGAUUCUAAUAGCAUCUGUACUUCAUCCAUACCUGCGCAGGCAAGCACGGCCCUGCAGACUACGCGCGCGCGGCAGAUGGCAGAAAAUAUGAAGAAUGGCACCUGGGACGGCACCAUAGGUCCUAAAGCCGAGGAUGCGUUCAAUCUUGGCACGAUACUUGGAGCGCGGGCUAUCAGCCUUGGAGACGAGAUUGGGAGUCUUACGGUGGGAAAGAAGGCGGACAUUGUGAUCUUCCAAGGUCAAACGCCGACAAUGACUCCCGCCAGUGACGUUGAUCCUAUCGCAGCUAUUAUACUCCACAGCUCGGUGCGGGAUGUCCGAACAGUCAUUGUCGACGGUGUCAUUCGCAAAGAGAAUGGCUAUCUCUGCAAAAUUGACAUCCCUGCUGAUAUCACAGAAAAUGCUAGGAACAGCUCUAGUGGACAGAAGCUCUUUGAGUGGAAAGAUGUUGCAAAACUUCUGAGAGACAGCCGCUUGAGAUUGGAGGCAGUCAAAACUACGAUUUGUGAUGAGGACUCGGCACGGAAUGGUCUGAUAAGGUCAUUUUUGGAAGCAAUGAUGCACGCAAACAGAACAACAUGA